AUGCCUAUCCCAACAUACAACGCCAACGACAACAGCGCAGGUCAGCCUGUGGCCGAGCCCGUGGCUCAGACUGCCCAAGCAACGGGUGCUGGGGUCAACACUGGCGCAGGCAUCACUCGCCCCAAGACAGCUGCUGAACUCGAAGCUGAUCGACUGUACGAGGAACAGAUGGAGGAGGAAUAUGCUAAGCGAGAGGGCGGUUCAUGA